UCAAAUUAAAAUAGAAUGAUGUGAACGAGUUGUUUUUGUGUGUUGAAUAUUGAUUUCAUGUUACGAAAAAGAAAAUAAGAAUUAAGAAAGAUUUUUCUGUACAAAACGAUACUUUCCAAAAUUAACUGUGUUGUAGUGUUCGCGUUCACGUAACUCUCUUGGAAUCCUUGUUGAGUCCUGUGGUUCAUACAGCAACGAAGCAAAGAUUGACGAUAUAUUAAUAAGCUGACGACACAACCAUGGCUUUCGCUGGGCUCAAGAAACAAAUCAACAAAGCUAAUCAGUAUGUUACAGAAAAGAUGGGUGGUGCCGAAGGCACAAAACUUGAUUUGGACUUCGUGGAAAUGGAGAGAAAAACGGACGUAACAUGCGAGCUCGUCGAAGAAUUACAAAUAAAAACCAAAGAGUUCCUUCAGCCAAACCCCACAGCGCGAGCUAAAAUGGCCGCCGUAAAGGGCAUCAGUAAACUGAGCGGGCAAGCCAAAAGUAACACUUACCCGCAACCAGAAGGUGUUUUGGGAGACUGUAUGCUGCUGUAUGGGAAGAAGCUUGGAGAAGAUACUGUAUUCUCACAAUGCCUGAUCGAAAUGGGAGAGGCGCUGAAACAAAUGGCUGACGUAAAGUACUCCCUCGAUGACAACAUCAAGCAGAGCUUCCUCGAGCCUCUGCAUCAUCUGCAGACCAAAGACCUCAAAGAAGUUAUGCAUCACCGGAAGAAAUUGCAGGGUCGCAGGCUUGACUUUGACUGCAAGCGACGAAGACAGGCAAAAGGAAUCCUAAAGAGCCCCUAUUCGAGUCCAAGUCAUGGCUCGAUACCGAAGCAGGGUGCUCACAUUCCAGACGACGAGAUUCGGCAGGCGGAGGAGAAAUUCGCCGAGUCUUUGACGUUGGCUCAGAUCGGCAUGUUCAAUCUAUUGGACAAUGAUGUAGAGCAAGUGGCGCAGCUGAGCUUUUUCGCGGAAGGGCUACUGGAGUACCACCAACAGUGCACCGAGAUACUGAAAGGACUCGUCUCGACGCUCUUGGAGAAGAAAGAGGAAGCCGUUAACCGCCCCAAGUUGGAGUUCGUCCCGAAGACCCUGGCCGACUUGCACAUCGAAGGAAUCCACGAUCUCAACCAUGGUAGGCGCUACGGCUCCUCGCAAAACCUGCCCUCCUCCCGGGCUCGCCUCCCCCCUACCUCCUCCCUGGGCGACCUGCCCACCACUGACCCCCUUCGAGCGUGGGAGUCCCCGCGACACCAACCCGCUCCUCGCGAAGCCUUGCGACCAGCCCCUGGCUUCAAACCACACCCCGCUCCUCGGUUAACGAACGGAAGAGACCCUUGGACAGCAUCGCCGCUGCCGUCUCCAGUUAAGUCGCCCGCGCGAACGCCGAUGGCUCCCGCUGCGAAAGGCCCGUGCUGCACUGCACUAUACGACUUUGAACCAGAGAAUCAAGGCGAACUAGGCUUCAAGGAAAACGACGUGAUCACGCUCAUCAACAAAGUAGAUGACAACUGGUUCGAGGGCUCCGUCAACGGCAAGACAGGCUAUUUCCCCAUCAGCUACGUGCAGGUUACCGUACCGCUCCCCAACAUGUAAACACUCCCUUCUAUGCAACACCGUACUUCGUACUUCAAACCCUGUCGGCUCUGUAGCGUUUACUGUUCUAUGAUCAUUUAUCUAAUCAUAGACUAGUUGUUUAUUUCGGAGAAUGAGGCAAAAGUCUAAGUAAUACAGAACGUAAUUAUUAAUACGUGCGUAUUUUCCUUUUCAUUUAAGAACACUUCUUAUAGUUAUUAAAAUGAAACAGAAUUAUUUCAAGGACACCAUAAAACAUAGUUUUGGCUGGCAAUCUAAAUUAUUUAGAUCGACCUAUCAUAUAAAAAAAAAACAGUUUUGGAAUGAAGGCCUAUGGCAUCUGUCGAUGCUAAAUCAUAAUGCCAAAGAGUAAUUUAUAUUAGGAAGCAUCCAAAAACUACGUAUAGAAAAUUAUUAGGUAGGUAUAAUGCUCUCUACAAAUAUUCGCAGAUAGCAAUUUUUCUAAUUUAUAUGGAUUAUGACAUGUUCAUUUAUUUGUGGCAUCAUAGCUCUCAUAGAGGGACUGAUUUCGAUGGAAUUUGUUUGUAUAAAAUCCCUAUGGUACGAUAAUGAUUUCAGACUGCACGCCAUGGUUUACUGGACAUAAUAUAUUGUACUAGGAGACCUUAAAAGUAGUUUCAUCAAAAACUUUUGACGAUAAAACUUCGAGAUCAGUCUAUCCAUUUAUGAUCUACGAUGCAAAAUGUGGGAGCUAUUGAAAUGAAUUGAAUAUUUGCUUAGCAAAUGAUCAGACGAAAUGCGGUGUUGCUUUAUCUAAAUAUUGUUACAUCAUGUCGCAGUAUUAUAUAGACGACUUAUUCGAAUCUGUAACGGUGUCAAAAGCUCAAUGUUGUAGUUAUGAAAUAUUUUACCCCUUUACAUGUACCAGAUAAAAUAAAUUAAAAUUAUCAUUAAAACGCCAUUUUACAUUUGUUUUAUGAGUUAUAGUGGGUCUUCCAUUUCGUUUAAGUACUUUUUGUGACCAAUUUUAAACAAUCAUUCCUGAGAGUCAAUAAUAAAGAAAUAUUUUAGUAAAUUAGCUGACCAAUCGAUAGUUGGUUUCGUGAGGAGGGUUUCCUUUUUAGGCCCCAGAGCUCGUAAUUUUUUUUAACUGUUUGAUAAUAUCUGAAAGUUGGUUUGGAGGUUCUUCUGCGUUGCCUGACUGCGGCAAACUAGACCUUACAGCUGUUCGCGCUUUUACUGGCUGAUCUAAUUUGCCACACUCCGCAAAGAAU